AUGAAGAAGAUAUAUACCAUUUCAUGCCUUCAGGACAUCCCUUUACCUCAAAGUCCUCAACCAAUGCUCAACCUUUCAGUACCAGUAUCCACUCAAAAAGAAUUUUUUAAAAUAACACAUACAAUUGUUAGUUCACGUGUGAAUUCACUUCAUCACUUCAAGAAGCAUUGGGCUCACGAACACGAGCCUGUUGGCACUCUCAUAGAGGCGGUUAAGGUAAUCAAGCCUACAGUUCUUAUUGGAUCAUCAGGAGUGGGGAAAACAUUUACAAAGGAAGUAGUUGAGGCUAUGACAGCAAACAAUAAAAUUCCUCUCAUUUUGGCUCUUUCCAACCCAACCUCACAGUCUGAGUGUACAGCUGAAGAGGCAUACACAUGGAGCGAGGUAAAAUAACAGAUGACCACAUCUUUUCU